AUGUUGGAGAUCACUGAUUUACUUUGUCAAGCUUUGCAAUGCCGAUCUCAAGACAUCUUAAAUACUAUGAAUCUAGUUUCAUCUACCAAGGCGUUUCUGCAAAUGUUUAGAGAUGACAAAUGGGAUGCUUUACUAGCCAAUAUGAAAUCAUUUUGUGAGGUACGUAACAUAGAUGUCCUGAAUAUAAAUGCUCCUUAUAUUAGGAGAAGAGGUCGAGCUCGUGAUCAUCAAGAUGACUUUACAGUUGAGCAUUAUUGUCGAGUAGAUAUUUUUUAUGCUGCAAUAGAUUCUCAACUACAUGAAUUAAAUGUGCAGUUCAGUGAACAUGCAGUAGAGUUGCUUAAUCUUAGCUCAACUUUAGAUCCUCGAGAUGUGUCUGAAACUUUUAGAAUCAACGAUAUUUGUUGGUUAGUAGAAAAGUUUUAUCUGCAAGACUUCACAGAUCAAGAGAAAAUACAGUUGAGAAUGCAACUUCACCAUUAUGAGCAUAAUGUAGUUCAACAUGCAUAUUACAAAAAGUUGUCUACUAUUUUUGAAUUGUGUCAGUGGUUGGUAAGGACAAACAAAUCUAAGAUCUAUCAAUUUGUUUGUAGAGUGAUUACACUUGUUCUUACUCUUCUAGUUUCUACUGCAACUACAGAGCGAUCAUUUUCAGCCAUGAAAAUUGUCAAAAAUAGACUUCGUAACAAAAUGGAAGAUAAAUUUCUUACAGACUCUUUGCUUGUGUACAUUGAAAAAGAAAUUGCUGAAAAUUUACCACAGAGUCAAUCAUUGAAGACUUUUGAGAUAUGA